UAGUCAUACCGUUGUGUGAGAAUGAAUAUAUUUUCUUUAGAUAAUGGUCUCAAUUAUAAUGUCGGGGAAUUAUCUUGUGCUUAAAAUAGACACCGUUUCACCGAUAAGCCCCCCCAAAACGUGCCCAAUCAUACAUGACGUUUGAUUUGCGAAACGGGAAAUUACGCCGCUUCCCCGGGUCGGUAUUUCCUGACGGGUUUCCCUCACGGAGGCGGAGAGGCUGGCCGGCACACUAGAGUUCACACCGGUCUCUCUACCGAGGCGAGGACGCCGGCUACCCAGGUCCUUUUCUACCGGCUCGACAUCGCCGAACGACCUGUGUCAUGCGGACCAGUACUCACGACGGGUCCAUUUUUAAAACAGAGGUAACGCGCGGGGCGAGGCUUUGACGGACGGACCGGUCGACGGUGACACGAUUAGGUCAACUUUCGACUGACAGUUGACACGAAAGCAGAGGGUAGGGAAGGAGGAAACUCUGGUGUUGGGAGAGUGAACCCCUCGAAGCGGCCCGGUUCCACACAGCGACCCAAGCCGUGGGGGUGGUGGUGUGGGGGGAACUCUGAAGUGACAGCCACCAGGGCUGUAACGCCAAGUCGCAGAGGAACCUGCGCUAAUCUUUCCAUAUCGGGAGCCGGGGUGACCGGACAGAGACCCCAUGAAUGGAAAUCGGAACAUCAGGAGCCGCAGGGGCCCAGGCCCUCUUCUCGUUGCCACGGCGACCGGGCUAUGGCACCAUGGGGAAGCCCAUCAAGCUGCUGGCCAACUGCUUCCAGGUGGACAUCCCCAAGAUCGAUGUCUACCUGUACGAGGUGGACAUCAAGCCUGAGAAGUGUCCGCGGCGCGUCAACAGGGAGGUGGUGGACUCCAUGGUGCAGCACUUCAAGGUGACCAUCUUCGGCGACCGCCGGCCAGUGUACGACGGCAAGAGGAGCCUCUACACCGCGCACCCACUGCCCGUGGCCACGGCUGGGGUGGAUCUGGACGUCACGCUGCCGGGCGAAGGAGGCAAGGACCGACCCUUCAAGGUGUCCAUCAAGUUUGUGUCGCUGGUCAGCUGGCACAUGCUGCACGAGGUGCUGCAGGGCCGCGGGGUGCCCGAGCCCCUGGACCUGGACAAGCCGCUGAGCACCAACCCAGUCCACGCCGUCGAUGUGGUGCUCCGACACCUGCCCUCCAUGAAGUACACCCCGGUGGGCCGCUCCUUCUUCUCGUCCCCCGAGGGCUAUGACCACCCGCUGGGCGGUGGCAGGGAGGUGUGGUUCGGCUUCCACCAGUCGGUGCGACCCGCCAUGUGGAAGAUGAUGCUCAACAUCGACGUGUCCGCCACGGCCUUCUACAAGGCCCAGCCGGUCAUCCAGUUCAUGUGCGAGGUCCUGGACAUCCACAACAUCGACGAGCAGCCGCGGCCCCUCACAGACUCCCACCGCGUCAAGUUCACCAAAGAGAUCAAAGGAUGUCCACCAUCCGUAGGUCUGAAGGUGGAGGUUACGCACUGCGGCAGCAUGCGCCGCAAGUACCGGGUCUGCAACGUCACGCGCCGCCCCGCCUCCCACCAGACGUUCCCCCUGCAGCUGGAGAACGGGCAGACGGUGGAGCGCACGGUGGCCCAGUACUUCAGGGAGAAGUACAACCUGCAGCUCAAGUACCCCCACCUGCCCUGCCUGCAGGUGGGGCAGGAGCAGAAGCACACCUACCUGCCCCUCGAGGUGUGUAACAUUGUGGCCGGCCAGCGCUGCAUCAAGAAGCUGACAGACAACCAGACGUCCACCAUGAUCAAAGCCACGGCCCGCUCGGCCCCGGACAGGCAGGAGGAGAUCAGCCGACUGGUGCGCAGCGCCAACUACGAGGCGGACCCGUUCGUCCAGGAGUUCCAGUUCCGCGUGCGUGACGAGAUGGCCCAGGUGACGGGCCGCGUGCUGCCCGCCCCCAUGCUGCAGUACGGCGGCCGCGUCAGCUCGGAGCACUUCAUGCCUCAGCAGAUGAACCCUGGGCUGUCGUUGCAGAACCGCACGGUGGCCACGCCCAGCCACGGUGUGUGGGACAUGAGGGGCAAGCAGUUCCACACCGGCGUGGAGAUCAAGAUGUGGGCCAUCGCCUGCUUCGCCACGCAGAGGCAGUGCCGCGAGGAGAUCCUCAAGGGCUUCACGGACCAGCUGAGGAAGAUCUCCAAGGAUGCGGGGAUGCCCAUCCAGGGCCAGCCCUGCUUCUGUAAAUACGCCCAGGGGGCGGACAGCGUGGAGCCCAUGUUCAGACACCUGAAGAACACCUACGCCGGCCUGCAGCUCAUCAUCGUCAUCCUGCCCGGGAAGACGCCCGUCUACGCGGAGGUGAAGCGUGUGGGAGACACCCUGCUGGGCAUGGCCACCCAGUGCGUCCAGGUGAAGAACGUGGUGAAGACCUCCCCGCAGACCCUGUCCAACCUCUGCCUGAAGAUCAACGUGAAGCUGGGGGGCAUCAACAACAUCCUGGUACCGCACCAACGCCCCUCCGUGUUCCAGCAGCCCGUCAUCUUCCUGGGCGCCGACGUCACCCACCCCCCAGCGGGCGACGGCAAGAAGCCGUCUAUCGCAGCGGUGGUGGGCAGCAUGGACGCCCACCCCAGCAGGUACUGUGCCACGGUGCGGGUCCAGAGGCCCAGGCAGGAGGUGAUCCAGGACCUGGCCUCCAUGGUGCGGGAGCUGCUGAUCCAGUUCUACAAGUCCACGCGCUACAAGCCCACGCGCAUCAUCUUCUACCGGGACGGAGUCUCGGAAGGACAGUUCAGACAGGUGCUGUACUACGAGCUGCUGGCCAUCCGGGAGGCGUGCAUCGCCCUGGAGAAGGAGUACCAGCCGGGCAUCACCUACAUCGUGGUGCAGAAGCGUCACCACACCCGCCUCUUUUGUGCCGACCGCAACGAACGGGUGGGACGAAGCGGAAACAUUCCUGCUGGCACCACGGUGGACACGGACAUCACCCACCCCUACGAGUUUGACUUUUACCUCUGCAGUCACGCUGGGAUCCAGGGCACGAGCCGGCCCUCCCACUACCACGUCCUGUGGGACGACAACUGCUUCACGGCGGACGAGUUCCAGCUGCUCACCUACCAGCUGUGCCACACCUACGUGCGCUGCACGCGCUCCGUGUCCAUCCCCGCGCCCGCCUACUACGCACACCUGGUGGCCUUCCGCGCACGCUACCACCUGGUGGACAAGGAGCACGACAGUGCGGAGGGCAGCCACGUGUCGGGCCAGAGCAACGGCCGGGACCCCCAGGCGCUGGCCAAGGCGGUGCAGAUCCACCACGACACCCUGAGGACCAUGUACUUCGCCUGAGGCCCCGACACACCCCACCACCA